GGAGCAGCACAAGAGCAGCUGCCUGAAGGAAGAGGAGGAGGAGGAGUGUGACGGAGGAAAGGGAGGAGGAAGAGAAGGGGUUGGCGCUUGAGCAGGCAGCGGCGGCGGAAGCGGCGAGUGACCCAGCUGGCUGCCACCCUCCUCCGCCCCCAAGUCCAGCACUGGCAGCGCCCAGUGGGGGAGGGGAGUCAGCGCGAGCCGUCCCCAGCGGGGCCCCCGCCCGGUCUCUCUGCACCCGGCACACCAGAGUAAUUCUAAUCGGCUCACUCGCUCGGUCCUUGCCCAGUGCCAUGGCGGCGGCAGCCGAGGCCAGCAAUAGCAGCAGCGGUGGUGGCCGAUACCAGCAGAACGAGGAAGAGCUUGGUGAGAAUCUACAAAUUGUAAAUGAUUUCCCACCACCUUACAGCAGCAUUUCUGGGGAGAACUCAGUGUAUUUUGACUACAAAGAUGAGGCUGGGUUUCCUAAUCCCCCUUCUUAUAAUGUAGCCACAACACUGCCUACUUAUGAUGAAGCAGAAAGAACUAAGGCAGAAGCUACCAUUCCCUUAGUUCCUGGGAGGGAGGAGGACUUUGUGGCACGAGAUGACUUCGAUGAUUCUGACCAGCUGAGGAUAGGAAAUGAUGGCAUUUUCAUGCUGACAUUCUUCAUGGCAUUCCUUUUCAACUGGAUUGGAUUCUUUCUCUCUUUCUGCCUGACUACCUCAGCAGCAGGGAGAUAUGGGGCCAUUUCUGGGUUUGGUCUGUCUCUCAUUAAGUGGAUCCUGAUUGUUAGGUUCUCCACCUAUUUCCCUGGUUACUUUGAUGGGCAGUACUGGUUGUGGUGGGUGUUCCUUGUAUUAGGUUUCCUCCUGUUUCUCAGAGGAUUUAUCAAUUAUGCAAAAGUUCGGAAGAUGCCAGAUACAUUUUCUACUCUUCCCAGGACUAGAGUUCUCUUUAUUUACUAAAGACUGAUGUUUUCUGGCAACAUUUUCCUGCAUUUAUGAGUCCUUCCUUAAGUGGACACCUGCAGGAAGUAAAUCAAGACUCAACACAGAAGGAAAAAACUAAUCACCUGCUUUAAAAUAAAUAAAGUACUGUUGGGGGAAAAAAGGAGGAUUUCUUUCUAUUUGUUUCUAGAUGUAAAAUUUUAAUAGUUUAAUGCAGAACUCCCGUAAUCAUUGAAUCAUUAGUGGCUAAUGUUUGAAAUGGCUCUUGCAAUCAAGUCUGUGAUGUUACUAAUAAUGCCUUAUAUAGUAUUUGUAGUUCUUUAAAUAGCAUGAGCUAUUACCCUGUAGCCAGAAGGGGUCAGUCUUGCUUUUUGUUCUCCUUCUUAAAAUUGAACUUGGAAUAUGUUUUCUUAGUGUAAGAUAAGUAAUAAUGCUGGCCAUUGUGAAGGGGUGUUCUUGGGACUUUAGAAACUUGUUUUGACUGUAUUUCUGCACAUAAUAUGUAUCUGUUGUUAAAAUAAAAUGAAAAUAACCUGGAAAUAAAA